AUUACAAAAAGAACAAAAGAAGAUACCUAAAAACCGGUCUAUAAAGAAAAUGUCUGUAAACAAGGUGUACUCCUCCAAGGUUAAAGGAAGUAACUUCCCUUGCACCUAAUAGGGUGCAUACAGAGUCCUUGCAGACUCUUAAUAAUCCUUCAUUAUGAGGCAAGACUCUUAGUUCAUAUAGGAAGAGUGACCUCUAUGAUUCUAGUGUAAGUGCAGAGUUUAUUGUAAAUAGUUCUACGAGACAGCCAAGAUAGUUGAGUCUAGCCAUAAAAGAACUCUCCCUGGCCUCAAGCAUUUCAUGUCAAAUGUGGACAAAGGACAAAUUAAGAAGUUUAAAUAUAAACUGAAGGGUCCAUAUAUGGCUAAAUCUGGAGAUACCAAGAAUAAGUGGUAUGACAACCAAAAGCACAGAAAUCCAGCCAAGUCCUUAAUGACUAAAUCGAGAAAUAAAUAAAGAUAACAUUAGUAGCCAUCACUACUGAGAAAUUAGUGUGGAAAGGUAUAAGUCUAGAGGUUAUGCCGCUAGAAAUUCGUUGUUAGAGAAAGAAAAUGCAGCUGUUUCCCCAAUUUCUAAGAGCACUAUGGCCUUGAAAAGAUAUACUCGUUCUUUUUCAAAAGAAAAUCAGGGAAUUUGAUCGUUAUACAAAAAGAUACAGCAGUGAGAAUCUGAACUUCCUUCAAACUCAGAGACUGUUGAUAAUAGGCAAUCAAAACUAGCUCUUAGAGAGCUUCAACCAGUCAUGAUGACUAAUAAAGAUGCAGCAGAUGAAAAUUCAAGAAACAGAAGGGCAAUAAAAUACUCAAAGCCACCACUCCAAAGCUGAAUUCGUACAGAGAAUACCUCUAGACAAAAUUCUCGAAGUGAGUCUCUAGUAAUAUUUCUCUAGCCUAGCUCUAUAAAACGAUCCAGAAUUCUGAAGC